AUGCCUCGCGACGAGCAGGAGACGUACAUCAAGCGCUUGGGUGCUCUCGGAUACUGCUGGCAGUUCAUCACCCUGGCGGGACUUCACACGACGGCGCUGAUUUCGCAUCAGUUCGCCAAGGCCUACUCGCAGCAGGGCAUGCGCGCGUACGGCGAGCUGGUGCAGGAGCCCGAGAUGGAGCAGGGCGUGGACGUGGUGACGCACCAGAAAUGGAGCGGUGCCAACUACGUGGACAACAUGCUCAAGAUGGUGACGGGCGGUGUCAGCAGCACCGCGGCCAUGGGCAAGGGAGUGACCGAGGAUCAGUUCAAGCACUGA